GUUCGAAACGGCGCUUGUCGCGGCUCUUCAGAGGGUUAGUGACCCAAGUUUUUUGCGAGUGAGUUGCCUCGUCGCGGCCUCUCUCGUUUUCAUCGCCGCUUUUCGCGCGAAGAAGUCUCUGUGUCUUCUCCAGCUUCUCUGUGGUGAGAAGGCGUCGGCUUUUCUGGAUACUUCCGGGGAAGAGUAUCCAUGCGCGCAGGUCUCCAAAGAAAGCGCUUCUCUUCAGCAUUCCUCCUCGCUUUUUGGACCUCCGCCGUUCUCUCGCACUGCUUCGUGAAGAACUCGGCCGCACCUGUUCAGGCCUGCCGCCUCUCUCGUCGCGUUCGACAGACAAGACGACCUUGGCGAACUUCCCUCGUGUCUCUUUAUCGCCAUGACCUCUCGUCUCUCAACGAGGACAGAGACGUCCGCAGGUUUGCGUUUUUUGAGGGAGAUUUCCCCCUGCAACUGCCCGUGGAGACUUGGAACUCCCCGGGUGGAUUCCUUGCGCAUGCAUGAAACGCAGAAAGCAAGAGACAGAUCCGAGAGAAACGCUGAGCGAAAAAAGAGACGCGAGAGGAACUCUUGCAUGGCUUCUGUGUGAGUGGAUCGUGUGCUCGUUUGCGGGGGCUCCCCAGAUCGACUUCUUUUUCGCUGCAGGUUCCUUUUUCUUCUUUCCAUGUGACGUUUCCUGUUCGGGAGCCAUCAAACAUCCUUUCUUCUCUCAGCGGCAGUGUCUUCCGCGUUCGAGAACAGGGUACUGACUUCGACCUGGAAACCUGUUUGUCCUUCAUCCGGCCCAGUCUUCGUCUCACCUUGUCUGUUUUGUUCACGGCUGUUGUCUCUUCGUUGUUUGGCUUCGAUCUACCAAAGUCUCUUCCCCUCGCUCUUCCGUACCUUCCCCUCCCAUGUCGACCUCUCUCGCUUUCUCCGUCUCGACUUUGUCUCAUCCUGAAGUCCUCGCUUCAGGAAACUCGACCUUCUCUGACACUCUUCUCUUCUCUCCUUCGUCCAGUCCUUCUUCCUCUUCCAAGUCCAGUCGCUGAUGCAACUCUGCCUUCGAAAUCAGGUUCCUUUUCUCUCUUUUUCUCUGUCUCUGCUUCCUUCUUCCGCGGCGAACGUUGCCGUGUGCUGCGUCUGAGAGGACUCUUGCGUCUCGCCAGGAGCUCGACGCGGUUUUCCUUCUUUUGCUCUUCCCCUCUUGUUUUUCUUCGCUUUUCCCUUUUCUUUCCUUUGUUUCCUUGUUUUUCUUGGCCGCUCCUCUCGCUUCUCCUGUCGCUUCAAGAUGGGGAUCGGCAGAUUCUAUCGGUGGCUCAGCGAGCGGUAUCCGCUCAUCAACGAGAAGAUUACGCAGACGUCUCUGCCAGAAUUUGAUAACCUCUACCUCGAUAUGAAUGGCAUCCUCCAUACAUGCUCUCAUGGAAACUCAGGAGGGAUGCUCCAUACAAGUGAAGACGCGAUGUGGGUGGACGUCUUUGCUGCUCUCGACCUCAUCAUCUCGACUGUGAACCCAAAGAAGUUUCUCGUCUUGGCAGCAGAUGGUGUGGCGCCUCGUGCAAAGAUGAAUCAACAGCGUGCGAGGCGCUAUCGAGCAGCGAAGGAUGCGGCGGAGUUGGCGCGGCAGAAGGAGGAGCAUCGCCUGUUGAAGAUGCAGCGCAAACAAGACAAGGCUGCGGCAAAGCAAGAGAAGAACCUCUCUGCGCCGACUCCGGGAGGUCACUUUGACUCUAAUUGCAUCUCUCCAGGCACCGAAUUUAUGGCGAAAUUCUUCAGACACCUUCGCUUUUUCUGCGAAAAAAAACUAAACGAAGACGCGCGCUGGAAGGAUCUCAAAGUUGUCCUCUCAGGUCCAGAUGUCCCUGGCGAAGGCGAACACAAAAUCAUGCAGUUCAUCAGGUGUGCCAAGUCCGAUCCUCACACAGGACGGAAUGUUCGGCACUGCCUCUACGGCUUGGAUGCCGACCUCAUCAUGCUUUCUCUCGCCUCGCACGAGCCACACUUCUGUCUUCUUCGAGAAGAAGUCGUUUUCGGCAAAGCUGUUUCGAGAGGACCGCAAGAUCGAAUGCUGACGAAGCGGGAGAAUUUGCAGCUGCUGCACAUUUCUCUGUUGAGAGAGUAUCUCUUCCUCGAGUUCGCUGCGGCGGCGCUUCGCUCGACGCCCCCGAAGGAGUCAGACGAACAUCCAAAGCGGUCGGAGACUGCGUCGACUUCUGAGGCAGACGCUUUGGACACAAAGGCCGCUGCCAUCGCUCUCUGUCCUUCGCUGCUGUACCCCCGCGAACGCGAGAGAAUCAUCGACGACUACGUCCUCUUUUGCUUUAUGGUCGGCAACGACUUCCUGCCUCACCCAAAAGCGACAGACAUCGCUGACGGAGGCCUUGACCUCCUCAUGUCGUGCUACAAGGAGUACCUGCAAAGGUACGCAGUCCUUGCGGAGCAGGCGCCGAGCCGGGAGGGACCUUGGCUGUCGACAGGGUGCGGCCAGAUUAACUUCUGCAACUUUUUCCUCUUCCUUUCUCUUUUCGUUGACACUGUCGAGACCGACCUUCUGCAAGAGUGGGCGGCCGACAGCCAGUGGAUGAAGUCGAAGCGCAGAAACAAGAGCGAGGUGGAGGAAGAGAGGCGACCUGCUUCGGAGGAUGCACUGCUGGCGUACAGAGAGUCCUUUUACUUGAAGAAAAUGGGCAUGGACGCGAGCACACCGGAAGGACGAAAACAGAUCGACCGCCUCGCGGUCGACUACCUCGAGGGAUUGCAGUGGGUCCUGUACUACUACUACAGAGGACCGCAGUACAGCGGCUGGACUUGGUUCUAUCCUCACCACUACGCACCGUUCAUGACAGAUGUUCUCUCUUGCUCCUUCUUCACCGAAGGAGUGAAGCAGCUGGCAGAUCUGCGGAGGAAGGAAAUCCGAUUUCCCGCGAGCAAACCGUAUGCGCCGUUCAUGCAGCUUCUCUCGAUUCUUCCGCCCAAGAGUGCGUCUCUGCUGCCGAAAGCUCUGCGGCCGAUUCUGCUGUCUCCGACUCCGGAGCUGCUACCGUACUUCCCAGACGACUUCGAAGUUGACAUGGAAGGAUGCACGGUGUCUUGGGGCGGCGUGACGUUGCUGCCGUUCAUCGACGAAAUCCUUUUGCACAGAGAGGCGCUUCCACUUUUUUCCAAGUUGACUGGAGAAGAGCAACAGCGCAACACUCGAGGGAAAAACGUCCUUCUCUACAGAGACCCCAGCCAGCGGGCGCGGAUGCUCAAGCGCCUUGCUCUCGCCGCUCAGCCGCUGUCUUCGGAGACACUGGCUCCGCUGUCCCAUCCGGAGGAGUGUGUAGCUGGGGAGGAAGAAGAAGACGCGGUGUUGAAGUGCGACUUCUUCUUUUUUUGCGAGGACGCGAAAGAAGAGGGAGCUUCGGCGCAUGGAGGGCGUCGUCGAGAGGCGGUUUCUGCCGCUGCUUUGGAGACGAGAACUGCAGUUUCCUCGCUGCCGUCUGUCUUCCGCAGCGUGAGAAACUCCUGCGUUCGAGAGGAAGUCAUUGAGGUCUGUCCGCCUUCUCUGGCGCAGGAAAAACGCGCAGAACGAGAGAGACGAAGGCGGGAGACAGGAGACAUUGGCGGCCAGGAAGACAGAGAAGAUGUUGACGCCUGCAAAGGACCUGCUCUCGCGCAGAACGCCUACGCCUUCCCGAAUUUCGUUCUCGCAGGGACGAAGCCUCUCCUUGCAGAAUUCCCCUCGCUUCAUCGACUCAACUUUGAAUGGGAUUACUUUGUCGGCGUUAAGGUAUUCAACAGCGAGUCCAAAAAGAACUCGGUGUUGAUUCAAGCGGUCGCGCCGUACGCAGCCGCGCGUGGACCGGACAGGAAGGCGCCUCAGCUCGUCGAGCCUUUCGAUCCCGCGCGGCACCUCCUCCCUUUUCUCCGCGCCCCGCUGGUCCACUACGAUUUCCCCUUCCUCAGACUGGCGAAACCUGUUGCGGUGUGGCUUCCCAAUUUGUACUACGCGUUGCCGCCUGCGUCCCAGACGUCUUUGUCCUUCUCUUCUUUCUCUCCUUCGUUUCUGUUUUCUUCUGCGUGCCCUGUGGGCGUCGAGGAGGCGACUGCCCCGCUGGAGCAGCAAGAAGCAGUUGCUGCAGAAACGCGGAGGCUGAAGCACACCGGCUUGGACUUCCCUGCGAACGUCGCCUACGCGUCUUUUCGCGCUCGACGCUCCGCAGAGAGACUCAAGGGCGCAGACUCGACUGUUGCUUCUGUCGCAGGCUCUGCUUCCGCGUCGAGUUUUUCGCGAUUUGCCUUGUCUUCUCCCGAGGACUUUCUCCGAGUCUCCGAGGCGAUCACGUUCUCCCUGCCCGGUCAGCAGGGCCUCUCGCGUCGUGUGGCGCACCCUGCGUGUCUCCCCUCGACGAUUCUACUGGAGUUAACUCCAGUUCGCUCGGUCCAAGUCUUCGCAGACGCUCGUUCACCCUCGAUCGUCUUCGAGGAGAAGUCUGUCUUCCGUCUUCUUCCACUUCUCACCCUCCCCAUCCCGCUUCCUAGGUGUCUCCGACCUGCAGAGACAGCCGAGAAGGAGACAGCGAGGACUCGCGAGACGAGGGACGGCGCGCGGAGCCAGCAGUGGGUCGCAGGAGCUGCGGUCAUCGUAGUCGAUCCGACAGCCUCCAUGCUCGCUUGCUCUGGAGAGGUUGUCGCGGUUCGAGAGAGGAAAGACGAGAACAACGAGGUGCUCGAGAGAGUCGACGUCUGGUUUCACAGUCCCUGGGCAGCGAAAGACCGAGAACAAAGUCAACAGAAGAUCCAGUCGAGCGUCGAACGCAUCGUUCGCCAGUAUAUGCCGCUGCCGCUGCACACGGUCCCGGAGGCCGCGGCUCUGCUGAAAGUUCCCCUGCCCGUUUUCUACGCAGUCGCGUCGUCCUUCUACAUGAAACUGGCUGAGCGUCGAGAGGACUGCGGCCUCCACAUCAUCGCCAGCACGCGCCCAGAAAAAAUCGAAGCAGCUGACGGAACGUCCACGUUCGUCCCCAACUCCUCAGAGCCGCUCUUUUCUCCAGGGUAUUCGUAUCCUCUCUCCAUGGGAUCGAGAAACGAAAGUGACAGUGGACGCCGGGGCUCAGGCAGCAGGAGAUUUUCGCAUCUGCUUACGCCUGCAGCUGUCGAAGCAGUCCAAGAGGUUUUCGCCGAGUAUCCCACCGUCUACAAAAGACUCCUAGAAGUCUCCAAAGAGCAGGGCGGAAGUCUAAAGACGCCUACGUUGACGGCUGCCAGUGCCUUUGGUGCUCUUGGAGGCGAUUUUCAAUUUAGCGCGUCAAUGUUUGUUUCUGCGAUGGAGCGGCAUCCGUGUCGAAGGAACAAGCUGGUCACCGGUAGCUACACAUGGCUCCCGAAAGAGGCUCUUCCCUCUAUCGAACGCGUGGUAGACGCCUCUCUCGGGAGACAUUCUGGAGCUGCUUCUGUCUGGCAAAGAGAGAAGCAAGUACCUCCGGACUCUCAAAGUCCGAACGCAGAGACAGCAGAGAGUAGUCUGAGAAGCAAUGGAAUCGAAGAAAAGGAGAAAAGCGAAAGUCGAGAAGACCUCCCUGUGUUAGAGAACUUUGACGCCUCCAGUCUCCUGCGAGCUUCGUCUGUCGAGGCACUGAGAAAGAAAAUCAUUGCAGCUUUCUUCUCUCUCGUCUCAACUGUCUCUCGGCCUUCGGGAGUCGUGGAGGGCAAAUGGACGUUGAAACUUUCGCUGGGGCAGCGCGUCGCGUACACCACACAGGCCGGGUGUAUAUACCAAGGAAGCAGAGGCACCGUCACAGGUCUCUGCUCGAUCGACGGCUCAGUGCCUUUCCGCCUCUCGGGAGACACUGCGCUGCAAGCGAGCGUGAGCGUCACCUCUCAAGCUUGUCGGCAAAAAGCGAGAGGAAGAAACGGCCGCAAAGUGGAGCCUUGGGCAUGGUGGGAAGAAGCCGAAGUCGCCGCAGCUCUUCAGGGAAUUCUGCAAGACAUCGUCGUCGAGGUACUCCUUGACCAAGUGCAACUCGGCGCUCAAAACAUGGACGGCAGAUGCUCUUCGCUUCGGUUAAUUCGCGUCCCGUGCAUUGAGCUGUUCCCUCUCGUCAGCCGUGUUUCCCCGGCUGGCGACGGGGGAUCUCGCGGCGCUCGUGCAGAGACGGCUGUGGAGCGUCAGGCUGCUUCGAGUGUCUCUUCGACGGCGUCUCCUUUGUUGCCGAGUCCAGGUCCGAAAGAGGCGUUGCUCUGCCGGCCUGCCACCGCUUCUGAAGUUCCGCGAGCGGAGGCUCAGGGUCUAGGUUUGCUUCCCAGUCCGGUCGCCAAUGGCGGAGGCCGAGGAGUACCCGCGGGCAUUUCCUCUGGAGGCGACUCGCGUCUGUCGUUUUCUUCGAGUCAGAGCCAGCCUUUGCUGCAGAUUCUUCGCCGAGGCCCUCAAGCGGCGGGGCAGACGGCACUGAGAACGGAGGCAGGUAAGAGCGCCUCUGUUGGGGUCGCGUCCGCAGACUCACACGAGAGGAGUGGAUUCUCCGCCGCGCAGCCAGCGGCUCAGCAGCACGCAACGCAGCAUGUGAAGCAGCUUUUAGGCUUGAAGACAGGCGCGUCUUCUGGAGGGCCUUGGCAGGCGAUGCCGCAGUCCAGGCUUCCUGACGGGAUCGCACCGACCGUACCUUUGGGUGGACAGGGUGGAAACCGCGUCGGCGCGGCGCACUGUACGAGGGACGAACCAGACAAGGUUCCUCAGAACAACGUCUCGCAGAACGCAAACAUCACUUCGCUCAUCAAGCAGUUGAUGACUCGAGACACUCCACAGUUGCAGCGUGCUACGGAAGAAACCGCGGCUCAGUCUCUCGUGCACUCGCAGCCACACCGAACACCGGUAGAAAGCUUGCAUGUCAGUCAGACGCCGAGGGUGGACGUCGCACCCGCUCCUCAACACAAUUCUGAAACCUCAACCGAUCCCGCGACGAAAACGUUCGCCUCGAGAAUUCUUGUCGAGUCGCGAGCGCCGAGCGCGUCGCCAGUCACGCCAGUCACCGCUGGCCCGACCGGCGGAGCAUCGCCUGCCAUGGCGCAACAAGGUCGAAAUUUGCUCGAGUUGCUGAAGGGACGGGAGCUUUUGCAAGCAAAUCUGCCACGGAGUUCGCGAGACAAUCGAGAGGAACAGACAGCAGGCGGAUGCGCGCGUAGCGAAAGCCACAGAAAUCUGUGUUUGGACGAUGAUGACGAUGAAGAAGUUUUGCUGCGCACAAGUGUGCUGCCGCGUCGUCCCGCCGUUUCGGGAGUACGCAGACCCGGCGUAGGGAACGGCGCGGAAACGAGUGGUUCGCGCAGUGCAGCGAAAUCCGAAACUGGCGGUCGAAACAGUGCGGUUUCCACGGGGAAAGAACGCGGUUCUGCUGGUCGGGGAGCAAAUGACUUCCGCGGAUCGCAGAGACGCUAAAGAGUUGCGGACCGCAACUGCCCACAGAAGUCUGUUGAUAGUUUGGAGAUGCGCGGGACCGGCUUGCUCGGGAUCUGGCGAGUUCCAGGCUGCAGAGGUCCACAGGAAAGAACUUUUGUCCUGUCAAGCAGUGGAUGUGCCAUUUCAAGGAGCUGGAGCUGAAAGGGUGGAGGGGAACGAGCGAAACAAGAGGGAGAGGGAAGUGCCGCGUGUUGGAAGCGUUUGUGACGAUUUCAGUAUCCGGAAACGUAGAAUUUCUCAAGAUGGAAUAUGCGUUCCCAGUGCGGGUCAGAUUACACUCUUCUGUCUCCAAUUUUUAAGCUGCAUGUGCGUGAUUUGAGGGAACAGACCCUGUAUUUCGCAUUUCACUUUGUGUGUGUUGAAAUCCACCUUUCCCCAAGAAGAAAAGUAUCGGCGAUGACUGGCGUUGCUGCAACCACAGACAGCUAAUCUUGGUUUGAUUCCUGCCUUUUCUCUGGUAGUACCUGACACGCAGAGCAUUACAUGUCUAGACGAGUCACUGCUUCAGAACGUACUCCUUUUUUGCACGGGCUGUUUUGGUGCGACAGAAAAACACAGUCGGUUUGAAGUCGGAACAACUCGACGGUGAAUCUGUGGGUCGGCUUCCGCAUUCUUGUGUAUUUCAACUCGCGUGGGUCGAGGAUUUUCAGGGAAUUAGGGCAGCAUAUCAUAAUCUCUUCCUGGAGAUUUCCUACGUUCCGUGAGGACUGUACAACUGGAGUUUUCGUUUGGGAAAUGCCACGCGGUUGUCUGUUUUACUUCCAUCAGCGAAGAACCCUCCAUGAUUCAGUCACACGUCGCGAUGCCGGCACGGACCUGUUAGCUGCCCAUCUGCUAUGAUGCUAGUUUCACCGUGCAAAUAAGGGAGGUAAAGUGGUGUCUUGUCUGCAUGGCUUCGCCACGUUAACAUCAGCUGCGGGAGUCGCC